UCUUAGAGCCAAUUGGUGGGGUGAUAUUCGAAGCGAGGAAAUACGUUCCAUUUGAUACCCGGUGUUGGUUUAUUGCGAUACUUUGAUAUAUUGUGUUUGAUAUCCAGAGCUUUUUGUCGAUUUGAUCAAUUGAUUAUUUUGCCGCCUCGAUAAGAUAUACAAAAUGAAUUUGUUGAAGAAGUUUAUUGGAUCGAGUGCCACUGAUGAAAUUGCGCUGAUUCCUUCCGGUAAGUUGUUUCUAACCAGAUCGCCCAAUUCACCAAAAGGAGAACUUGAGUGCUUAUACAAUGAUGCUUUUGCCAGUAUUAGACAAACGACUACUCCAUUUUAUUAUCAAUUGUGUAUUAUCAAGGCUUACCAAGAAGGAGAGCUCGAUGGCCAUGGGUCUGCAGGGUUUGACGAUCUGGAUAACGAUGAUGAUUAUGACGAUCGUCAUCACGAUUCGGCCACUUCGAAUGAAAUCGAUGGCGUAAGCCAUACCAAGGAUGAAUGGUCUUUUCAAAUUCUGGAAGACUUACAAAUUUACCAGUAUAACAAACCAAACGGGUCAAGAGCUAUCAGAUGGAAUGACAUGAGUGGAGAUUUAGGCGAUAAAUUUGAAUUUGUCAUUGAUGAGGAGAUUAAAUUUAAUGAAAUUGAUGGGUUUGUAUUUUCUUUAUACAAAUGCUUAUAUGAGACUAGAUAUCAAAGAAGCUCCUUAGGUAUAAAAAGUAUAGAUGAAUUAUCAGAAUUCACUUAUGAUCCUAAAUCGGAAUUUUCUGAAUUAGAUGAUUUGAAAAAAUUACAAAAUGACAAAUCAAAAGAAACUAAAGCUAAGGGAACCAAAGAAGAUCCAUUGUUUGUGGAGGACUCAGAUUCUAGUGAUGACGAAAGUGCAUUCCAUGACGCACUUACUAACUUUAAUUAUGUAUUACCUACAAUUAAGGGGGAUAUUAUUUUUGAAUGUGACGAAGCGAAAAUCUUUUUGUUUGAUCCAGUAAGUUCAUCUUUCAAAAGUAUUGAACCAGAUAAUAAAGUAAAGGUUUGUGUGGUUGAUAGAAAUAAUUUCACCUACCAGUUAAGAGUAACUAGUCCGCUGGUUGCAGUCCUGGCAGAAAUUGUGGAAGGUUUGAAUCCAACGUUUGAUGAUGAUAAUUUUAUUUUCAAUUAUCAAACUGUUAACAUGAGUGGAGAAAUCUCGUCAUUUUCUUGGUUAUUAGCAUUUGAACUGACAGAUAGUUUUAAUUCUUUCGAACAAAUCUUUUUAACUAGUCUUUGGCAAUUUUUAAAUAAGACAAAGUUUGCAGUGAAAAAGGAAGAGUCUGCCGAUAAAGAUUAUAUUAUUAAUGCAAUGUCCAAUUUAAAUAUUGAUAAUAAUAAGCCAGAGACCGAAGAAGAAGCCGAAUCCGAAUCCGAAUCCGAGCCCGAAUCCGACUCUGAAGAUGAUGAAGUAAAAUUGCAACGUGCAGUCAAUGCUAGUAUCAGAGAUAAAUCUGAUCGUAGAAGACCGUUAAAUGAAGAGGAUGACGACUACGACGAUUUUGCUGAUCAAAGGGAAUAUGACAGAUUUAGAGAGAAAAAAAAUGAAACCAAUUCUGGAUUAUCAGUGGGAUCGUCCAAAGAUCGUAAUUAUGUUGUUAGAGGUGAUAAAUUGGGAGUUUUCAGUAACGAUGGGGAUGAAUUGAAAUAUCAAACUACAAUUAGUAAUGUUCGUGAUUUAAAUGGUAAAUCAAUCAAACCUCAAGAUUUAUUAUUACAUAGACAAGAUAAUUUUAUGAUUUUCAAGAAGAAGUCAAGUGAUGAAACAUCGAAAUUAUUUAAAAUGGAUUUAAAUCGGGGGAAAAUUAUAGAAGAAUGGAGCAUGGAAGAAGCUGCCGCCGAUGGUGGUGUUACCGCGUAUGGACCAACAUCCAAAUUAGCACAGUUAACUGAUGAACAAACAUUACUUGGGACGAGUAAAAAUGGUAUUUUCUAUAUUGAUCCUAGAGAAAGUGGUAGUAAAAUCGUUAAUGAUUCAACUUUCAAACAAUAUAAAACCAAAAAUAAUGGCUUUUCCACGAUUGCAACCACAGUUAACGGUUAUGUUGCAAUUGGGUCAGAUAAAGGUAAUAUUAAAUUAUUUGAUCAAGUUGGUAAAAAUGCUAGAACUGCAUUACCAUCGCUUGGAUCCGAAAUCACCGGAUUAGAAGUAUCAAAAGAUGGAAGAUGGUUAUUGGUCACUUACCCAACAUUUUUAACACUUAUUGAUAAUAAGAUUGGACCGGGACAACGAAAUUCCGGAUCAAUUGGAUUUGAAAAAUAUUUUGAUCUGGAUAAAAAACCAACUCCAUUAAGAUUAUCAAUUAGACCCGAACAUUUUUCAUACAUGAUUAAUGAAACUGGACAAGAUUCUGUUAAGUUCACCAAGGCACAUUUCAAUACUGGUAUUGGGUCUACCGAGUCUACAAUUGUUACAUCAACCGGAAAAUAUGUCAUUGCAUGGUCAUUAAAUGAUAUAAUUAAAAAGAAAAAACAACCACAAAAUUCUUAUACUGUUUAUAGAUACGAUGAUCCAGUUGUUGCCGAUAACUUUAGAUUCAAUUCUAAUAAUGAUGUUAUCACUGCAACCAAAGACGAUGUUUCAAUGGUUAGUAAACGUGGAUUCCGUAAAGCUUCUAAAGAAUCCUUAACCAAAAAAAACUAA